GAAAUGUCACUAAAAUUGAGAAAUGUUUGGUUUUGGCGUGAUUAUCUUAACCUCGAAUAUGUUAUAAUAUUUGCGUUUUUUUAAACACAUACAGAAUAAUUUACCUACUCUGUUAUGGCUUUCCAGGGGCUUCUAUUUAGAGUCUCCAAUUCAUUAAAUAACUGCCGAUUUUUACUUAAUACUAGAAUACCUCAACUCAAUCAAGUGUCAGGAGUAAAGCAACAUGUUGUGAAAGCGUUACAAGAAUUAAAAGUUCCGGAAAAACCUAAACGUCCUCUAACACCCUAUUUUAAAUUUGUUCAGGAACGAAGGGAAUCUAUAAUUAAACAAUACCCAGACUGGAAAGUUACUCAAGUGUCUGUGCAGUGUGCUGCUGAUUGGAAAGCGCUUGAUAAGUCUACAAAGUCAAAGUAUGAAGAGCGAUACAAAACAGACAUAGAGCAAUAUGCAAAAAAAUAUUCAGAAUAUAUGAACAGUUUAACACCAGAGCAAAAGGAGGCUUUAGAAAAUUAUAAACAUGAAGUGAAACAGGCGAAAGUUAGGCGAGAGCGAAAGAAAAAAAUCCGGGAGACAGGCAAGCCGAAACGACCAGUUGGAGCAUACAUGUUGUAUGUUAUGGAACAGGCAAAACUACCCUCGAAUGCAAAUAAGUCCUAUGUAACUUUACUGGGACAAUUAAAAGAUACCUGGGCUGAAAUGCCUGAAGGCGAGAAAGCAAAAUACCUUCAAGAAACAGCUAAAGCCAAACAACAGUACGAGGAGGAUUUAAAAAAUUGGGAGCUAAAAAUGAUGGAGGAAGGCAACUUGGAUGUCGUUCGAAAUUCUACUCUCACAGGAAAAUCCCCUAAGCCACGAAAAAGUAAAUAGGGACGCGCGUGUCUUCCUCCGUUACCUUCCGCCUGGUCGGGUGAAGGCACCAAAUGUGGUGAAGAAUCUCAAACAGACAGCUCAUUAGUGGAGGCGGAUAGGCAAAAUAACGGUAAAGAAAAAAUGCGAGACGCUGAAGGAAUUUUAACUAAACUGAAAAAUUUGUUCUAGCAUUAAUUUUUUACUCUUAUUUUGAUGGGAUUUUUGUUAUUUUAUGUGUGUAAAACUGAAUAAAACCAUAGUUUGUAUUGCAAA